ACUGCACGCAUUGCACAACACUAAAAAUUCUCCGUUCCGCGAUGUAGGUUGCUGGAAGAUAAUUUUUCAUAACACAAUACAUAAUUACAAUUCAUAAUACUACUAAAACUACAAUAUCAGAAAACAGUGGGUAGCGCCAUUGUAUAACAGUGGGCGCCGCCGCCAAAGUUACUGGUAAAAUAGGUUAUUUCAGUUUGGGGUCAGUGCACAACAAACGCUAACCAAGCAUUACUAUCGCAAAUAAUCGGCAAAAUAAUCAAUCAGAAUGGGUGUACCCAAGUUCUUCAGGUACACAAGUGAGCGGUACCCUUGCCUCAACGAGCUGGUGAAGCAGUAUCAGAUACCAGACUUUGACAACAUGUACUUGGACAUGAAUGGAAUUAUACACAACUGUUCGCAUCCCGACGACUCAAACCCACACUUCCGUAUAACGGAAGAGAAAAUAUUCCAGGACAUAUUCCAUUACCUCAGCAUACUGUUUCAAAUUAUUAAGCCUAAGAAGUUGUUCUUUAUGGCUAUUGACGGUGUGGCUCCGAGGGCUAAGAUGAACCAGCAAAGAGGGAGAAGGUUUAGAUCUGCAAGGGAAGCAGAAAAAUUGGAACAGGAAGCUAGAGAAAAAGGUGAGGUGCUACCGACGGAGAAGCGUUUCGACAGCAACUGCAUCACGCCGGGCACCGUCUUCAUGGCGCGGCUGCACGAGCAGCUCAAGUACUUCAUCAAGUACAAGAUGUCCACUGACCCUCUGUGGUCCAAGGUCAAGGUUGUGCUGUCUGGACAUGAGACGCCAGGAGAAGGCGAACACAAAAUAAUGGACUACAUCAGAUGGUCCCGUUCUCAACCGGACUACGAUCCCAACACGAGACAUUGUCUAUACGGGCUUGAUGCCGACCUCAUUAUGUUGGGCAUGUGUACCCAUGAGCCGCACUUCGCCUUGCUUAGAGAAGAGGUAAAAUUCGGCAGAUCAACACAGCGUGCUACCAGUCCCGAAGAGACUAAUUUCUACCUCCUACACUUAUCCUUACUAAGAGAAUAUUUAGAACAAGAGUUUAUUUCUCUGAAGUCCCAGUUGCCCUUUCCUUACGACAUAGAGAAGAUUGUCGAUGACUGGGUGCUGAUGGGGUUCUUAGUGGGCAAUGAUUUUAUUCCUAACUUGCCCAAUAUGCAUAUUAGUAAUGAUGCCUUGCCUGUUUUAUAUAAGACUUAUAUGACUGUACUGCCUACUUUAGAUGGUUAUAUAAACGAGGCAGGAGAUUUAAACCUGCGUAGAUUCGAGGUGUUCAUGCAGGAACUGGCGAAGAUCGACAAGGAGAAGUUCCAGGACACGUACGCUGAUCUCAAGUACUUUGAGGCCAAGACUGGGAGACGGCCUAAUGCUAACGAGAGGAGAGAGUACAAACCUAACAAUGACGAUACGUUUAACGUGAAUAUAGAAGACAUCAAGUCUAAUAAACCAGACGAUGAGCUACAAGCUCUAAUCAAUGCUACACAAGACAUGUUCAUGGAUGAUAUGGACAAUGAUAAUGAAGACGAGUAUGAAGAAACUAGUGACGAGGAAGCAAAUAUGGAAAUGGAAUUUAUACUUCACAAAAAGGAUUAUUACAUGAAUAAAUUAGACUAUUCGAAAGUCACAGAGGAAGUGCUAGCCGACCAAGCAGAAGGCUACGUCCGUGCUAUACAGUGGAACUUGCACUACUACUACAAAGGCUGUCCGUCGUGGUGCUGGUACUACCCCCACCACUACGCCCCCUAUAUAUCGGACAUCAAAGGGUUUAAGGACUUGAAGAUUGAAUUUGAGCUGGGAGACCCUUUUAAGCCUUUCGAGCAGUUGCUAGCAGUGUUGCCAGCAGCCAGUAAACAGUUACUCCCGGCGCCGUUCCACGAUCUAAUGACAGAUGAAGACUCGCCCAUAGUGCACUACUACCCACAGAACUUUGAGACUGAUCUCAAUGGCAAGAGGAAUGAUUGGGAAGCUGUAGUGCUUAUUCCUUUUAUUGAUGAGGUGAAUCUACUAUCGGCAAUGGAACCUUGCUAUCAGAGGUUGACAGAAGAAGAGAAGAAACGUAACUCACACGGACCAAUGAUGGUCUAUAACUGGACACCACAGAAUCAAGGAGUAACCCUAGCCCCGGACUACUUCCCGGCGAUACCGGAAUGCUUCGCGAUCGAGAGACAGGUGUGGAGACAGGAGAUCGAAGUCCCCGGCAGUAUGCUGCGAAGAGGGAUGCUUCCCAAUGCCAAGAGAGACAUGUUGUAUCCUGGAUUUCCUACCAUGAGGCAUUUGAAGUAUCAGACAAGCUUCAAGAAAGGCAAAGUAAAAGUGUUCGACCAGCCAUCUCGCAACGAGAACAUGAUCGUCGAGAUAAUCCGCGACACUGAACAACAGGACUCCCUGGAGAAAGUUGCGCAAGAGUUGCUCGGACGCACGAUUUGGGUCGGAUGGCCACAUCUUACUAGGGCUAAAGUAAUAUCAGUAUCAGACGAGAAGAUGCGUUUACACUACGUAGAUAAACAGAACAACAACGUGAAUGGGGCUCCUACCUACACCACUGAGGCUAACUUCGGUAACCUGCACAAACAGUGGAUUAGCGAGAGAUCUACUAUUAUUGAACACAAUAUGAAUCGUCUUGGAAUCGAAUUGGGAGAUGUGAAGAUUAUCAUCCACGCAGUCAAUUUGAAAGGGUUUAAAUACAUGAUCCAAGACAACGUAUCAAUGGUCCAGGAGCCGGAGUGGUGCAGUGUUCCCUGUGGCUACGCGCACCAGGCCGUGGUGAAGGACGUGCGGGCACACGUCAUACAGGAGGGCGGCAAGUUCAGCACGCCGCAGGAGGCAUACCCGCCCGGGGACACUGUGUUCUUGCUGACUCAGGGACAGCAUUACGGGAGUCUGGCUACGGUGGUAGACUCGGAGUCUGUCAGAUCGGGUCGUAUCAAGGUGAUGGUGCGUGAGCGCGGCGAGCCGAUCCCGUCAGCCAACGCCGCCGCCACGCCGUACCGCACCGCCAACCAUGCCGCCGCUGCUUGCGGUAUAUCAGCACAGAUGAUGUCCCGCAUCACGGGCACAGUGCUGGUGGUGACGGGCGAGCGACACGACAUGCCCACUGAACAGCUCAACAAGAUCAACAUAGGAUUGAACCUCAAGUUUAAUAAGAAGAAUUUGGAAGUAUCAGGCUACACUCGACGCUGUAAAGUAACCAACGCAUGGCUGUACUCGGAGCGAUGCAUCGAGCUCGUCAAGUCGUACGAGCGAGAGUUCCCGGACCUGUUCGAUAGUUUGGGCUCGGGACUUAAUAGAGACGUUUACUUUGAAAGUGAUUUGUUCCCUGGUGAAGUUGGCAAAAACAAGGCCCAAGACAUAGCCCAAUGGAUAAAAGCGCAGCCCCACACUAGGGCUUUGCGUCGUGAAUGUGGCUCCGAAGCCCUAGAGCCUGAGGAGAUGAAGUUACUAGCUGAUAGCCUGGACAAACAGCUGGUGGACCUCGCCGGCAAGGAGAAGAAGGUCACCUUGCAGGUUAAAUGGAACCUGCUUUAUAAGCCGGAGCUCCACUGCGGCAACAUAUCCCCGGACCCUCGCGCCGACUUCCGCCUCUACGACCGCGUCGUCUGCGUCGCUCGCCACAUGUCCGUGCCGCUCGGCGCUGCCGGCACCAUCACCGCAGUGCUACCCCCGCCUAACACCAACACUGUCCGGCUGUCGGACAAACUGAAUGCCGAUCAUUCGUACAUGGUGAUGUUCGAUAAACCCUUCCCUGGGGCUAUGAGUGAAGAUCUCUUUGAUGAGGCUAGAUUUUAUCGAUUAUCCCCAAACAACAUGCUGAACUUAUCGUACGGACGCAAACUCCGCGGGCUGUCGAACCCGGCGCCGCCGGCCGACAGCUUCCUGCCGCAAGCCAGCCCGCAGCCCAACCUGCUGCGCCGCGAUGACGGACACCACUCCGCCUUCGCUAACUAUAGCCCUCCGGCAGAUAAGGCCGUGUCUCCGGACAAUCGCAACCACGUCGCCAACGCCCCGCCUAGCAACGGUCCGGCCACACAGGACAAUGCCACACAUUUACUUAGAAGCUUGCUGAAGAUCAGCGAAACAGAUGCUGACAAUAAGAAACCUAAGACGACAACGCCAGAACAGAAUCGCAAUUGGCGCGUCAAGAAUGAGAACCCACUGCUUCACCCACAACCGCCGCGCACCCCACCUGCGUUUUGGAGUUUAUUUUCUGGAGGGCCGCCGCAGCCGCAGAACUGGCGCAAGGAGACGGCGCCGCACAUGAACGCGCCGCGACCACCGCCCACCUACACCGCGGAAUGGAACCACACCUAUAAGAGUCAACCGCCCAUCCCUCCAUACCCAACCUUCGGCCAGCCUUUCCAAGGUCCAGGUCCCAGCCAGAUCCCGUUCCCCCAGUUCCAAAACCCUCACUUCCAACAGCGCAACCAGUUCACAUACCGCAACCAGGACAACCAGCGCAACAACCAGCCGAGAACGUUCGAGAACCCCUUCCCCAAACAUUUGCCGAGCGUUGGCGCCGUUGGACCCAAUGUCACGUUGGGGCCAAGUUGGAACCAACCUAAUAGUCAGGUUAAAACACAGAACACAAAGCCACCGCCGCCUGCCGCCAACAAACAGGCCGCUGCGCCCGCGCAGAACAACGCCGACAAAGUCAACAAUCCCUUCGUGCCGCUACAAGUGCAGACUAGUCAGAGACGCGUGUCACAGCCGAGCGGUUCAUCCAACAGACGGGACUCGGGACAGAUUCAGGCUCCCAAGUCGACAUUACCGAAGCCACAGCCUUCUAACACACCCAUUGUACAACAAAACCAGGAUCCGACACCGCGGCCUAUAAAGAAGAAAAAGCCCAGAAUAGCGGCCAACCUGCCUUUCCAAAUAGACUAAAUUAUUGUUGAUAUAGUCUAACAUAACGUUAUUCAAACUCCUUAUAGUGCAGGCUGUAUGCGUAUAGAUUCCUUGGAUCAAUCCGUUUUUGUUGACGUCCGGUAGGUUUUGACAUAAACGUCAAAAAAGUGUCAUCAAUAAGCGAAUCGAAUCGUUUCUCGUUUAUAGGAAGACAAGACAAAGUGCCAAGUGCAUUUAAUAUUCUAGCAUGAACUUACUAAUGUAGUCUUGUAAAAAGUAAAUUACACUUGAUUUAUGAAAAAAAUAAAGAUUGUUUUUCUUUUAUUUAAUAUUUGUGAAAUUGUUGCAUUUGACAUCAUAAGACUUUUGUUUUAACCACGAUCGCAUUGGUAGGAUUGUGCUAGGUGAUAGUUAUAUUGUCGAUACGGGUAUUAUUUAUGUACUACAAGUCUAUCUGUAAACGUUUCUGUCUUAUUUCUUUAUAUUUCAGAGUUCCUACAUUUGCAUGCAUUUAUAGUGUACGUAAUCGUAACAUAAUUACGAAAUCAAACAUUUGUCAUUCGAGGGAUUGAAUAUUAUUCAUGUCAUAAUUUGCGUAUCGACAAUAUAACAUGCGAACUUUCGACAGCACUAGGAAUAUACAUUUAGUACAUUCACUAUAUUUUAUGUACCACAGAUGUGUUACUAUCCUACAUUAAAUGAGACUUCUGAUCUCUCACAGAGUACUCUUUUUAGAUAAUACAUAGGUAUUUUAAACAUGCAUAAUAUUGAUGCGUAAUAAUUUUAUUCGCACGGUACAGUCUGCAUUAUAAGCAGUAACUAACGAUAAGUAACACCUAGAACUGAGCUUAUAACAUGAACGACUGCGAACGGAAAAAAUAGGAAAAGCGAGUUUUUUGGACAAAAAUUCAGGUUUGAAUACAUCUCACGAUUAUAGAAUAAAAUCUUGUACAUUUUGUAAAUAUUAUGAAGUUAUAAGAAUCUGUAAUGAAUGAGUGUGAUCAAUUUAUUUAAAUGGAAUUACAUUAAAUCGAGAUUGCAUACGUUCCUGUUUUAGGGCCGAUUUAAAGUAUUAUUAUUAAAUUAUUUGAAAAUGAAUUGAAGGGGUUCUAAUAUAUUAAAUUGACGUGCGAAUGCUACGUACGUAAUCUCGGUCACUGAAUGGCAGCAUUCGUUUCAAGUUCCUGAGUUACUGUAUUUUCACCUUUCAUAACAAAUCGUGUAGUUUUGCUCACGACGAUACCAAUUUUCCUGACGAAUAUCAAAGAAAAGAAGUAUUUUCGAUAGAUAUAAUAUCUUUCUUUCCCAAUACAUUUGACUUUUCAAUAUAUUAUGUCGUGUACAAAAAAUAAAACAAAAUCUUUCGACUUCCACAUGUACACUAAACAGUACAAAGUACUUAGCAUUAUGAAUAAAUAUAUUUUUCUCGUGUAUAAUAAAAUAAAACAUUUCAAUAAACUGUAUCCCCUGAAUUGUAGUAGAAUGACGCAAUAGGCACAUUGUAUGUAAACGUAGUUUGAAGAUACUUUUUAAUCUAUCUGACUGUCAUAAUAGUACCUAUCUAAUAUUGUAUGAGUCAUAUUUUGUAUAUCUGAGCACAAAUUACUGAGCCUAGAGAUACAAAAUGUUAUCAAGAAAAAACCUCUUGCAAGACAUUUUUAAAUACCUAAAUAAUGCAAGAGUGCCUUCAUAGUUAUGUGACUCGAAUUAGUUUAUAAAUAAAAAAGUACAUGAAACGUGUUUCUACAUUUUUAGUAUGUACAGACAUAAGAAUACAACUUCUACUUACUUUUGAAUGUGUGUCAUUUGCGUAUCGAAUUUCCAAAACUGAAUGUGACUGGAAAUGUGAUUUAUUUCCUUCUGACUUAUUUUUUUAUAUAAAAUCAAGAUUAUGCCUCAAUAAAUGGAAAUUACCUACAA